AUCAAACCGCUCCAUUCAUUCAUGAUGCAGCACACAGGAAUUUUGUGGCCGAGCGAAAGAAGGUAGUUCAACAAAACUGCGGGAAAUUACCAAGCUUAUAAACGCUCAACGCAUCAAGGAAGUUAGGUUGUACUGAUUUUGAUUACCAAGCAGGUUGAUAUUGGAUACCUGACGGGAAAUUUGUGCGCGAGGUGUCGGACUCCGGUGACAAAUUCAUAACUGCCAUUUGAAGUUUUGCACCGAUUCGAGUUUGUCAUUAGAGGGGAUAAGCAGUUAUCUGCGUUCAUAAAAUUAUCUUCACAUAUCUCACAUUUAUAAUGUGACCUAACCGUUUCUGGUCGACGUCAUUCUGUUUAAAUCUGAAUUAUCAUCAGCACGAGCGAGGAAUUAAUUGUGGACAAUCAGACUGCACUGGUGACAGAUCGUGAUAAUAAGGCCGAAAAUAUUCAAUUUUUUUCACACGGUCUUUUUAACUUGGUCAGAACGGGUAAAAAGUUGGAUCAAGCAACACAACCUUCUUGUGUCACACCAACAGACACAGAGAGGGUCGCAGUGAAGGGACACCAGUGAAUUUUACCACAUUUGUGGGCCAACGAUGAACAGUGUCGAACUGAAUAAUAUUUUGGAUAGAUUACUGAAUUUGAGAAUGAUGCCUGCGGGAGAACACAAACUCAACUGUGACAUCAGGCAAGAGCCCCUAACAGAGAGAUUUACCAUAGAGGGCGAGAUCGGAAGGGGCAAGUUUGCUGUGGUACGCAAAAUACGAGACAACCACUCUGGCCAGGAAUACGCUGCCAAGUAUAUACGUAAACGGAGGAAAGGCAAGGAUGUACGCAGUGAGAUUUUGCACGAAGUCGUCAUGCUAGAGAUGGCGCUGGCACACCCACGCCUUAUAGACUUGAAGGAAGUGUACGAAACAUCACAUGAGCUGGUUCUCAUCACAGAGUAUGCUGCAGGCGGGGAACUCUUUCACCACAUUGAUGAAGAAGAAUCAUUCAAAGAGAAGGAGGUAAUACACCUAAUGCGGCAGAUCAUGGAAGGGCUGGUAUUUCUACACGACAGGAACGUUGUACAUUUAGACUUAAAGCCUCAGAACAUUCUCCUGACCAAUCCUCAUCCCCAUGGCGACGUCAAGUUAUGUGACUUUGGUUUUGCGCGAUUGGUCAACUAUGGAGAAGACAUCAGGGACAUCAUUGGGACGCCAGACUAUGUUGCACCAGAAGUUCUAAGUUAUGAGCCCAUAGGUACCUACACAGAUAUAUGGAGCGUGGGGGUGCUUGUCUACGUGAUGCUGACAGGGUGCUCGCCAUUUGCUGGAGAAGACAAACAGGAGACGUUCCUGAAUAUCUCCCAGGUCAACCUCGAUUUCCCAGAAGACCUAUUCUGUGAUAUCUCGGAAAACGCCAUAGAUUUCAUCUCUAAAUGUCUGGUCAGGCAGCCAGGAGAGCGCAUUUCAGCACGCGACUGUCUGCAGCAUUCCUGGUUGAAAGUGGAAGUGCCUACCUCACCUGCCCUGCUGCGAUCCCCUCUAGGCUCUCCCAUUGGCUGUCGCAGGACACACCCCCCUGAGAGCCCCCACAAGAAACAAGACCUGGGCACGCCCAAGAAAUUCAAGUACAACACUGGGGAGUCUAAAAUAUGCCCAAACGAGGAGCAUUCUAGCAAUAUCUAUAAAGACGAAAAUUCGGAACCGAACACAGACACUUGUAACGCCACCGGCAGCAAUAUCACCAGUACUAGCAAUAACAGUAACAGUGGCAGUGAAACCACGCAACAAUGUACUGUCAAUAACAACAUAAACAAACUACCAGAACUGACAGAGGAACAACUUGUUUGCUAGGAAUUUUGUUGUGACAAAGACUAGAAUAUGGGCCGGGUCCUUAUGUAUCUACUUAUGAGUCCUUUGAAAGGGAAGAUGAAAGGUCUUAACUGUUGAUUGCAUUAAUAUUUGAUUGAAAUGUUUGCAGAGAUUAUUACUUGAAAUUGUCUUUGUGUGUGCUCUUAAUAGUUUAUUUUGUUUAUUUAUUUUUUCUGAAAGACUCGGUCUUUGAUAGUCAUUAAUACCUCACAGACAGACUUAUUUAUUUCCUGAUUUUUUUUUCAAAUCCUGUACACUUGACCUGUGAUAAGUUCAAAAUGUGUGAUCCCAGAAUUCAGUGCAACAUAUCCCACAAUUCCACUAAGAAGGACCAUGGUCUCUUCUUGAUGUAUUGGAACAUGUGAUUUAAUCUUGAUGCAAUAUACUGUAAACAAAUUUUCUUAGAAUAUUUUGCCUGGUUUUGGUUGUAAAACAAAGUUUUGGUCUUAAGUGUGACUAUCUUGUGGAUAUUUCCAAUGGGUUGGGACAAGUAUUUGAUGAAAUUUCCUUGAAACGUUUUCAUUCAGCCUGACGAAGUACAAUAUUGCAUUAUCAGGUAUAUUGUAUUUAAUUUUACUGCCAUUGGUGUGAAGAAAGUAAUGAAUGUUGCCUUGACUACCACUGAGUGGGAGGGAUAAAAUCAUCAGCAUUAGGGACAGAGGGCUCUUUGGUGUUGUUACACGUGGGGAUUUGCAAGUGGAGCUUUCUUUUCUUAACUUAUUUAUUAUUUCAUAUUAUAAAUAUAUUUUGUUUCCUUAAAGUCAUUGGAGGGUGAACAGCAAGUUUCAAGAAGAAAAUUGUGGACCAGAAGUUACGUAUUUAGGUACCAUGGUUCAGUAAUGUAGCUUAUUCCGCUUCCUACUUUGUAAAUCUCGAACAGUCACACCACAUCCGACUCUGCAAAAAUGGAGAGAUCACGGACAGCAAGAUUGUUUUUAUUAAGAGAG